CUCUUGUCCUCACUUCAUUCAUUCCUCAAUCAACCGGAAUGCGAAAAAUGGAGCGCCGUUAAUUUUUCUUUUUGGCCAGCGGCAUUAGAGGCAGCUCAUUACUCCGUCCGGUUUCGUCUGAAUCUCUGUAGGUUUUUUGUUGUAGCCGAGAUCAACAACCUCUGAAAAUGUCGAAGAGUAAGGCCGCAGGAAGCAGCGGGCAGGAUGAACCUCAGCGCAUGGUUGCUUUCAAUUGGAACGCUAAAAUAAAAAGCAAGAUAGUGGAGCAAGAAGAAGAUAUUUGCUGGGCAAUUGCCCUAGCACAUUCACUUGAGGGAACGUUCAACUCUGGAGAUCAAGAAGUCGAGCUCUCUUUUGACGACAUUGUUUACCAAUUAUAUGGUGAUAAAGACACACAUAAGAAGGCACGUGACAGCAGUGAUAGGAAGCUGGCCACACGGAUAAACAAAGCUUACAAGAAUGUACAAGUGAAAGGAAUAGCUCAAAGGCGAUAUUGUCCGUACACGGUUGAGAACAGAUCUAGUCGCAAAGAAGUGAAAAGACUUGCGAAUCAAAGACACAAGUAUGACUGUUUAUUCAUUGCCAAGUUUGAAAGUAAAGAAAAGGUGAAUGAGAAAACCCUUCUGAGUGAUUUACAACACCAACCAAUAGUGGGUGUAUUAGACUCAACACCAAAUUUCCUCAAGUUCAUGGGGAAAGGAAUAUACACUGUAGAAGUUCCUAGAGCAGAAAAGGAGCAAAACCUUCACUGUGUGGUGAUCGUAGACUGGGGGGAAGAGCAUGGAAAGAAGUUUUGGGUGGUUCGAAAUUCGUACGGCGAAAACUGGGGUGAUAAGGGGAUUGGAAAGCUACAGAUGGGUCCUACACACUGUUCGUCAAUUUUUCUAGAGUACUAUUACGCGACAAAGGAGAGUUGCUCUCUAGCAAAGCCAGACAGAGAAUAGUUAUGCAGAAUGACCCUGUUAUGGAGCGGAUGAAUUUAACAUUAAGCCGAUUCUAAAGCUAAGGGUAAGGCCCAGGCCGAGGAAGAUGAUGAGAGAGUGGAACGCGUGCCAAGAUGAGUUAACGGGAACGACCUUGGCGGCUUCUAGCUAGAUAUUAUUUUGUUUUCAGUAUUUCAGUGUUAUAAUAAAGUGAUAAAUAUUACUUUAUUUUUUAUUUAAGGAUUUGAAGUUCAGUAAAUUCCUGGAUCCAGGUGGUUAUCACAUUUGUUGGUGAUAACUAUAUUUUAUUAAGUUUUAUUUGGAGUUAUAUUUUAGUUACAUUUGAGAUUUUAUCAGGGUUAUUUUCUUAAAUAUACGGCCG